CAAUACCAGUAUGUUUUUGGAUUUUCUUCCUCUUCUUAAAACUGAAUGAGCUUCGAUGCAUGUGCAGUGGAGAGGCUUUUUCUUAGCUUUUAUUUCUUUUGCAGUGAACACAUAAAAAGGGACAAUUUUUCUUUUAUUUUUUCUAUCAAACCAUUUUCUUUUUUCUACAUUCAUUUUUCAGAGUGUUCUCAUGUUGGUUGUGAGUGUUUCUCUGUAAAUUUUGGGAUCUGGGUUUUGUGGUCUAGGGUUUGAGACUUUGACUCUCUUUCUUUCUUCCUUUGGGGGUUUGACUUUCUUACUUUCUGGGGCAUUUAAUUUCAGUGAGUUUUUACCUGAAAUUUGUUGAAUUUGAUCCACUGACUCACUUGUGUCAACGUUUCUGGUUUGGGUUUUUCUCUAAAUGGAAUUCUUGUAGAUGGGUUUCUGAAAACAUUUAUUUUUAGGGCUUUCUUGAUCUGGGUUCAAGAUCCGUUAUUUUUGUUUCCUGGGUUUGUUUUAGAUGGGCUAAAAAGCGAAUUUUUUUAGUUUUUGUUAAACUUUACCUGAUUUUCUUUUCUGGGUUUUCUGUAAAGUUAGAUUCUUGAUGCCAAUGCAUCUUUCACUGUGGAAACCUAUAUCUCACUGUGCUGCUCUAAUCUUGGACAAGAAGAGCAGCAAGAAAAAAGAUGGGUCUGAUUCCACAGUUGAUAUUAAGAAGAACCCAUCAAUUCUUCGUAAACUUGAGGAGAACAGGCUUAGAGAAGCGCUUGAAGAAGCCUCCGAAGAUGGCUCACUCAUCAAAUCACAAGAUAUCGAGUCCGAGUCUCUUGCCAAUCAAGAGGAGAGCUUAGGCCGAUCAAGAUCUCUUGCAAGACUCCACGCUCAGCGUGAGUUCUUGCGAGCCACUUCUUUGGCUGCGGAGAGAAUUUUUGAGUCAGAAGAUAGCAUUCCUGACCUCAGUGAAGCUUGGAACAAGUUCUUGACAAUGUAUCCCAAAUAUCAGUCAUCUGAGAAGAUUGAUCAUUUGAGGGAAAAUGAAUAUUCACAUUUAUCACCUAAGGUAUGCCUUGAUUACUGUGGAUUUGGCCUUUUCUCUUUUGUCCAGACUUUGCAUUAUUGGGAAUCUUCUACAUUUAGUUUGUCUGAGAUAACUGCUAAUUUAAGUAAUCAUGCUCUUUAUGGUGGUGCUGAGAAAGGAACUGUUGAACACGAUGUAAAGGUUAGGAUAAUGGAUCAUUUGAACAUACCUGAGAAUGAGUAUGGUCUUGUUUUCACUGUGAGCAGAGGCUCUGCUUUUAAAUUGUUAGCUGAAUCCUACCCGUUUCAUACCAACAAGAGAUUAUUGACCAUGUUUGAUUAUGAGAGUCAAUCUGUGAAUUGGAUGGCUCAGAGUGCUAAGGAGAAGGGGGCAAAGGUUCAAAGUGCAUGGUUUAAAUGGCCAACUCUUAAACUUUGCUCUACUGAUUUAAGAAAGCAAAUUUCGAGUAAGAAGAGGAGGAAGAGGGAUUCUGCAGUUGGCUUGUUUGUGUUUCCAGUGCAGUCUAGAGUUACUGGGGCUAAAUACUCGUAUCAAUGGAUGGCACUUGCUCAGCAGAAUCAUUGGCAUGUCUUGCUUGAUGCUGGGUCAUUGGGCCCUAAAGAUAUGGAUUCGCUUGGAUUGUCAUUGUUCCGGCCAGAUUUCAUCAUCACAUCAUUUUAUAGGGUGUUUGGAUAUGACCCUACUGGCUUUGGAUGCCUUCUAAUUAAGAAAUCUGUGAUGGGAAACCUUCAGAAUCAAUCUGGGCGUACAGGGUCUGGAAUGGUGAAGAUUACCCCUGAAUAUCCUUUGUACCUUAGUGAUUCUGUUGAUGAUCUGGACAGAUUGACUGGAGUUGAAGAUAAUGAGGUUGUUGCGAAUGGUGAUAAACCAUCCGAGAUUCGCCCAGGUACUCAGUUGCCAGCCUUUUCUGGUGCAUUCACAUCUGCUCAGGUGAGAGAUGUAUUUGAUACGGAAAUGGAUCAGGACAACAGUUCUGACAGGGAUGGAACAAGCACCAUAUUUGAGGAAACUGAGAGUAUCUCUGUCGGGGAAGUAAUGAAAAGUCCAGUUUUCAGUGAAGAUGAGUCGUCAGACAACUCAUUGUGGAUUGAUUUGGGUCAGAGUCCGUUGGGGUCUGAUAAUGCUGGGCACUUGAACAAACACAAAAUUGCCUCUCCCUUACCACCCUUUUGGUUCAGUGGCAGGAAGAACCACAAGCGACUCUCUCCAAAGCCAACAUCAAUGAUGUAUGGCAGCCCAAUUUAUGAUGACAAAGAGGUAAACCUGGGGCCAAAUGGUGACCACCAUGUGCUCUCAUUUGAUGCUGCCAUUCGAUCAGUUUCGCAGGAAUUGGACCGUGUGAAGGAAGUUCCUGAAGAAGAGCAAUUUCCAGAAAAAACCCCUAAUUCUCGAAGUAACAAUAACGGUCUAGGCCGUCCACCUGUUCAGGAAAUUCAGGAAGAACCUGGUAUCAGCAAGCCACUUUCUACUGAGUCUGCAUCCAAUUCUGCUAUAAAUGGUUCUCUUCUCAAUAAUUCAAGUUCUGCUCUGCAGCAUCACAGCUUAGCAAAUGGCUUGAGCUCUGAGAUUUGCCCUGAGAUCAAGGAAAGUGCGAUAAGAAGGGAAACAGAAGGUGAAUUUAGGUUGUUGGGGCGGAGGGAAGGGAAUAGAUAUACUGGGGGUAGAUUUUUUGGUUUGGAAGAUAAUGAACAUCCAAGCAGGGGGAGAAGGGUAUCCUUUAGCAUGGAAGACAAUCGCCGAGAUCGUUUAAGCCAUACUUUGGAGCCAGGAGAAGUAUCUGCUACCAGCGUUGACGAUGAAGACUACACCAGUGAUGGGGAAUAUGGUGAUGGACAAGAGUGGAACCGCAGAGAACCUGAGAUUAUAUGCCGGCAUCUUGAUCAUAUUAAUAUGUUAGGUCUUAAUAAGACCACUCUCCGGCUAUGGUUUUUGAUCAAUUGGCUCGUGACCUCAUUGCUGCAACUAAGGUUCUCUGGUUCAGAUGGUGAGAGCAGAGCAAAUCUGGUUCACAUCUAUGGCCCUAAAAUAAAAUAUGAAAGGGGUGCAGCAGUGGCCUUCAAUCUGAGAGAUCGAGAAAGGGGGUUGAUCAAUCCAGAGGUUGUUCAGAAGCUGGCAGAAAAAGAAGGUAUAUCUCUGGGCAUUGGUUUCCUCAGUCACAUUCGGAUCUUGGACGCUCCACAAAAGCAGCGCUCGGGUCUCGAAGAUACAACACUGUGCAAGCCAAUGGAGAAUGGUCGACAUGAUGGGAAAGGUGGAUUCAUUAGGGUUGAGGUAGUUACAGCUUCUCUUGGUUUCUUGACAAACUUUGAGGAUGUUUACAAGUUGUGGGCUUUUGUGGCAAAGUUCCUUAACCCUGCCUUCAUCAGAGAAGGCGGCACACUUUCAACUGUUGAAGAAGAUUCAGAGACAUAAGUUAUGUAACUGUUGUAGAUGAACUUAGUACAGUUUGAAGAAAGAUGGAAUCUUUUGUGCACGGAAAAUCCACAUAGGAAGUCUAAGAGUUGAAGCUAAAGAUUCAGAUUCCCCCAGAAAGUAUUACAGUAUUACUGCUGUGUGGCAUGGUUUUUUGGUUCUUUCUCAGGCUCUUGUAUGCAAGAGUUUGAGUCGAAGCAAAAGAUUCAGAUGCUCCCAGAGAGUACUAGAAAGUUCUUACUACUGCGGCGUGGUUUGUUUGUUCUUCCUAGGGACUCUUGGAUACAAGGCGGGUGAAUUUGCUAAUUCAGUUUGCUGCUUGAUAUUUACUUUUUUCUUUUUGUUGGGUAAUUGUAGAGUUGGCUUUAGAUGUAUGUAUCAUCCCAGAAAGUCUUCUCAGAAUCAGAGUUAUAAGGGCACAAUCUUCUUCAUUUAACUUCCUGCUUAUGCCCUACAGAAAAUGGAAUUCCUUGCUAUUGUAAACAA